AAUUAAAAAUAAAAAUAGAUUAUCAUCUUAAGAAUCGUCGACACCAAAAUUAGAUCUGGUGAACAGAUUUGGAAGUACACCUUAAUUUAUUUAUUAUUUACAGUUGCAACGUUACUCAAAUUAUACCAGUUCCAUUUUGAUUCGUGUGCAAUCGAGAAUUUUAACCCACAAGGCUGCCUCAAAUUUCAGUCCAACCAGCGUUAAACCGGCGCUUUUUGACAAACUGAACUGUCGAAACCGGGAAAAACAUUCCUACUGUUAGCAGUCGGGCAUUCAUUUUCAGAGGAUCUGAGAUCUACUGAACGCUUUCUCAUACAUACUCAAUCUCCAACACUUCGCCAUGAACGAGCAAAUCAGUGGUGGUUGGGAGGCCAUGAUGCUCUCUUUUCUCAAUACUCUGAAUCUGUUCAUGGCUGCCUUUGAUGCUCCCUCUGUGGUCUUGGGCUUCCGCAUUCAUGGGCAUCUUGUGGUCGAAGCUAUUCUUGUUGUAGCUCUUAUUUACCUGUUUUUCCAGAAGAGUUACAAGCCUCCAAAGCGCCCGCUUACAGAGAAGGAAAUAGAUGAACUUUGUGCAGAAUGGGUCCCUGAACCUCUUCAUCCACCAAUUACAGCUGACAUGCUUUAUGAGCCACCGGUAUUGGAAAGUGCUGCAGGACCACAUACCAUAGUUGGUGGCAAAGAAGUUGUGAACUUCGCAUCAGCAAAUUACCUUGGACUUGUUGGGCAUGAAAAAAUAAUAGGGUCCUGCAUGGCUGCUUUGGAGAAAUAUGGUGUGGGAUCCUGUGGUCCUCGUGGAUUUUAUGGGACAAUUGAUGUUCACCUUGAUUGUGAGGAAAAAAUUGCCAAAUUCUUGGGAACCCCUGACUCAGUUCUAUAUUCCUAUGGGCUUUCAACUAUAUUUAGUGUGAUUCCAGCAUUUGCCAAGAAAGGGGACCUCAUCCUUGUAGAUGAAGGAGUACAUUGGGGCAUACAAAAUGGUCUGAGUCUUUCCCGUAGCACUGUAGUACCUUUCAAGCACAACGAUAUGGAGUCACUGAAAGGUCAUUUGGAGAGAGUUACACGAGAAAAUAAGCGACUCAAAAAGAUAAGACGCUACAUAGUAGUUGAAGCUAUAUACCAGAAUUCUGGUCAGAUGGCUCCACUGGAUGAGAUUAUAAGAUUGAAAGAGAAAUACCUUUUCCGGGUGAUAUUGGAUGAGAGCAAUUCAGUUGGUGUUCUUGGAAGAUCUGGAAGAGGCCUUUCUGAACAUUACAAUAUUCCUAUAGAAAAGAUUGAUAUCAUAACUGCUGCUAUGGGUCAUGCACUAGCAACUGGUGGUGGAUUUUGCACUGGAAGUGUUAGAGUAGUUGAUCAUCAACGUCUCAGUAGUUCAGGAUACGUGUUUUCUGCAUCUUUGCCUCCUUAUCUAGCAUCUGCUGCAAUUACUUCUAUCGGUGUUCUGGAGGAAAAUCCUGAUCUACUUACGAAGCUGAAGGAUAAUAUCUCUAUACUGCGGGAAGGUUUGUUGGAGAUACCAGGCAUCACAAUCACAAGUCACCAGUUAUCCCCACUUGUUUUUUUAAAACUAAGGAAGUCAAUUGGUUCCUUAAAGGACGAUUUAGUGUUACUUGAGGCUAUCAAUGAUAAGAUGUUAAAGGAAGAGAAUAUUCUUUUAUCAGCCCCCAAGCGAUCAACGCUUGAUAAUUGCAAACUUCCUUGUGGUGUACGCAUUUGCGUUUCUGCAGGCCACUCUCAAGACGACGUGUUGAAAUUGGCUAUGUCAUUGAAGAGAGUAGCAGCAUCCAUAUUUGCAGAGAUUUAACAGGUUCUAUACCAAAUUUGUUAUAAAUGGUCAUAUAAAUUUCAUUUUGGGUUUUCUCUUUCUCUAGAUCAUUUACAAUCCUUUUCGGGUUAACUUGGCAAGGAUUACUGAUAUUUUUGUAUUACCAGUUUUCUUAAAUUAAUUUUCAUUGAAUUGUCCA